AUGAGUCCCCACGCGGUGAAAGGCGACGCCGUCGUCGGCUCCGACGCGCCCCGCGAGAAGGGCCGCGCGACGCCCGACACGAUCAAGGUCGGCUGCAUCGCCAUGGUCGAGAAGGAGGGCGUGCCGCGCCGGGCCGAGAUCCUCAGCAUCAAGGAGACGCGCAGCGGGCGGCAGUUCUACUGCAACUUUGACAACUUCAACAAGCGCCUCGACGAGUGGGUUCCGACGGCGCGCAUCGACUUUGAGCAGGACGUCGAGUGGCCGAACCCGGACAAGGACAAGCCCAAGGACAAGAGCAAGAAGGCGUCUACGCAGAGCAAGCGGCCGCAGGUGUCGAAGAAGGCGCAGAAGAGGCCGCAGCCCGGGAAGAGGGAGCAGAGCGUUGCGUCAGAGGCUGGCACGCCGCACCCGUGGACUGAAUUCGUCGAGUCCCAGACGCCACUCAAGACACCAGCAGAUGAGUUCCAGGAGAAGGCAACACCAGGAGAGACCAGCGCCACACCAGCCGGGGACGAGAUGGAUGUGGACGAUGAGGACACAGACCAGAAGAAGAGCCGCCAGCCGUCCUUUAGUAGAGAAGACGAGAUUGAGAAGCUCCGGACUUCUGGGUCCAUGACACAAAACCCCACCGAGGUUUCCCGGAUUCGAAAUAUCUCCAAGGUCCAGUUCGGAAAAUACGACCUGUAUCCGUGGUACUUCUCGCCAUACCCAGAGGCAUUCAACGCAGAAGACAUGAUAUACAUUUGCGAGUUCUGCCUCGGCUACUACGGCGAUAUCAAGUCGUUCACGAGACACAGGCAAAAGUGCACGCUCCAGCAUCCUCCCGGAAACGAGAUCUAUCGGGAUGCCAAUGUAUCAUUCUACGAGAUCGACGGCCGACGGCAGCGUACCUGGUGCCGAAAUUUAUGUCUGCUAUCCAAGAUGUUUCUGGAUCACAAGACGCUCUACUACGACGUUGACCCUUUCUUGUUUUAUGUCAUGACGCACAGAGAUGAGAAGGGCAAUCAUUUGACCGGGUACUUCUCCAAGGAGAAGGAGAGCGCCGAGGGCUACAAUCUUGCUUGCAUCCUCACCCUGCCGCAGUUUCAGAGGAAAGGAUACGGCCGAGUCCUGAUCCAGUUCUCGUAUGAGCUCUCCAAGAUUGAGGGCAAGCUCGGGUCGCCUGAAAAGCCGCUCUCUGAUCUGGGCCUGCUCAGUUACCGACAGUAUUGGACGGAAAAUAUCGUGGACCUCCUCGUCGGCUUCAACGAGCGGGAUGAGAAAUGCAGCAUCGAGACGAUCGCCGCGAGCCUGGCGAUGACGACCCAAGACGUGGAACACACGCUUCAGGCAAUGAAGAUGCAAGUGUACCACAAGAACGAGCACAAGAUCGUCAUCCCGGAAGCGCUGCUGGUGGCGAGAGAAAAGUCCAAGGCCAAAGUAAGGAAGAUUGUCGAGCCGGAGCGGAUCCAGUGGAAGCCGCCCGUCUUCACGGCGGCAUCCCGUACAUGGGGUUGGUAG